AUGAUUGGGCCAAUUGGAUCAAAUGUGGAGCAGGUUGGCAAGACUAAUAAUAGUAAUAACACUAUAGUAUCAGCUCAUCUGAGAGACAUAUCAUUGCUAUCACUUGGCACAUCUACCUGGACAACAAUCAAAGAUGCCUUCAAAAGCGAGUUUGAUGAAGUAUACACCUCAUAUAUAUACGCACGUGGCAGUGUCUAUGUGUUUGGAGGUGGAAAGGGCACACAGACCAAGUACUCGCGAUAUUCAUUGGCAGAAAGGCAGUGCUAUGAAGGCGAGAUUGUUGGCAUUGUUGGAGGCAGCUUCAUCUCAACAUGUUAUGAUGGAGAUAAAAGCAUCUAUCUUGUCGGUGGUGAGCUAGAUGGCAAGAUAUUGAAAAGGGUUGGCUGUUUCAACAUUGACACUCAACAGUUCAGUAAGUUCAACCUUCACACAAAGGUUACCGCUACUGUAUCCUACUAUGCCAUACCCAACGAAUUGUACUCUGCUUGCUUUGACAACAGUGACAACAUCUACAUUCUGUCUUUGAACACAUUCUCAAUGUUCUCAUUGGCCACCAUGCAGACCACUAAAUUGAAGUGUCCCGAUCUUGUCAACUUCAUUCAGCUCAGGUUUGUCCCAACAUAUGGUGUCGUAUCACUUUGUGGAGCAGGCAAGAACUAUCUCUAUUCAGUCAGGGAUAACAAAUGGAUUCACCUCAAAGACAAUGACCCAGUUGUCAAUCGGUCGGCACAUGGUUCAUGUAUUAUUUCCAACUGA